GUUACUAUUUAUUUUCGGUCCCAUCAAGCUUCUCUUGACGCGAGCGGUAUUGGUCAAACAACGGCAAAUAUGCCGGCUCGUCAACAGCCGCGGCGUAGUGCAGACGGGCGCGGCGACGCUCGCGUCGGAUCGAAGACGGUGCGAAGCGGACUGCUGAUUGCCGUGCUCGCCCUCGUGUUGGGUCCUUUCGUCGCUCGUGUCUCGUGGUUCCGUUUUCAGCUGACCUCGCCCGUUUCCCACUUCCCUGCUCAUUGGGUGCGCCCGUCCACUGAAGUUGGUGGAGCGGCUCCAGUAUGUGCGACUCUUUCGUCUGGCCUCGAGGGCCAAGAGAACCAGAUUAGCUUCUGUGAGGAUGCAGAGAUGCUCCACGGUCCGGGUCUGGACGGCUGGGCGCUCCUCAGCUGCGACCCUGGUCGCGACCAAUGGAACACGGUCAUGGGGCCGCUGCAGAAACCAGAGGGUCGAGGCGCCUUGUGGAUGUACGCCUACUCCGACGCAGUCUCUUCUACCUCAAAGGAACGCCAGUCAGGCACCAAGUUGAUGAACGCGGUCAAGCCGUUACGUCUGUCUCUCGAAGGUCUGCCGAGUCCCUACGACUUUCAUCCUUUGGGCGUUGCCGUCCAUCCUAUGAGCUCUGAUGGCAACGGAGCAAAGGUAGCGAGACUCUUUGUCAUCAACCACCAGCGAGCUCGGUCCACCAUCGAUGUGUUUGAUCUUCUUAGCAGCCAAACGAGUAGAGAGGGAGAGAAAGGUGAGGAUCAGUCAGGACGUUGGCGAGCCGUCUUUGUGCGCAGCCUGGUCGAUCCCAUCGCGACGCACACGCCCAACUCGCUCGUCGCGCUGUCGGCCAACGAGGUCCUCGUCACCCAGGACCACCUCUUUGCACUUCGCCCUCCUUCGAGUCUUGACGAUCUGACAGCGACGUGGCGCCUCGCUGUGCCCCCCUUGUCCUUGCUUGCCCCUGCGAUCGCACGCUACUGUGCCCAAUUGGCACGCCUCGGCGCACCCCUCCUUGCGCGGAUCGAGACGCUCCUUGGCCUACCCCUUGGCUGGGUCACUUAUGUCAAGUUUGACGACGAUGACGUCAACGGCAGGGCAGAUUCACAUCAUCAGACCAAGAUUAUCGCGCGGUGGAUCGCCUUUGCAAAUGGCCUGGCACUAAGCCCAAACGGAAAGUUCCUCGCCGUGGCGUCGACGAUGAUGCCUGGCAUCAAGCUGUACGAGUGGAAUGAAGCAAAGCGCGAAGUGGUCCGGCUGGCGCACCGCAUCAAUACGCCCAACCUGAGCGACAACAUCGCCUUUACAAAGGGCGCCAGUGGGAUCCCCGGUGGCAAUGACUUAUUUGGAAACGCUGCGAGGCUCAUCGGAGGUGGCGGCCCCAGCGGGCUGGAGCUUAUGCGCUUCGCAAGAGACCCACACAACUAUACGAAACGGGCCCAUUCGUGGAUCAUUUCGAUCUCGCCGACGCCGCCGAAGGACGACAGCAAUGACGACGACGACUCGUACGUACCGGCAAAUGCUCGGAUGAUACGGCAAAACGAAGGCUUCCACGUAAGCACCGUCUACCAGGGUCAUGGACCCGUUCGGCGCGAGCAGGUGGCAGCCAGCUUGGACAGCGAGACCGAGGACGGACAGGAUUGGAUCGGGAUCGCCUCGGCCACCUCUGCAGCCUACGAUGGCAGCAUCGGCGGGGGCACUCUGCUCGUUCCAGGGCUCUACUCCAAACCAGGCGUCAUGGUGUGCGCAAAUGUGGGAUUGUAAUGCUCUAUCAAGUAAGAUAAUUGGUAUGUUGUUACAAGUGAU